GUCACAAACCAGGCGACACGUAAACUUGUCUUCACCUGGAGAAAUUUUAUCUGAAGAGCUGUUCGCUCAUCAAAAGUAUCGACAGUCGCUCAGACCGACACGCAAGCCCGACGAACCGCUGAAUGGUUUUUGCCCAGUCCUGGCUACCGCUUGUUCGGCCCACCCCCCACCUGGCCCAACUCACACGCCCCCAAAACCCUGCGAGCCUGCCUAACUCGGCUAUCCGCAAUCGGCUCUCUCGCCUUGACUCACCGAUAAUAAGAAAACACCCAAGCACGUCAAAUUAUUAGAGAAACCCGAGGCCCGCCAAAAUGCCUUCUCCUCUUCCCAUUUCAGUACCCGGAAACACACAACCAUCGAAGCUAGCGGGCUCAUCGCCGGCAUCUCCCGCAGCUCUCCCUUCUCCCUUCCGACCCCGAGCAAACAAGAAGAUGUCGAUCGCACAAACCUACUUCCUCGCCCACAAGGCCAGGGCAAAGCUGUCUUCGGAAGCUGCCCGCCCGGACCACAACCUCCGCCUGCUCGUGGGCCACGCCAACCUGCUCGAUUCGCUCAUGCUUGAGCUCGCCGACGCCGAGAGGGAACAAGAGUCGUGGUUCAACCAGUCGGUCCGCGGUGCCUCCCACACCAGCAGCGAGGAGAGGCGCAUCCAAUGGGCCGACACCAUCGUGGAGGAGCCGGAGCAGGAUUGGCGCCGAGAGGACGCCGAGUCCGUUUCGGACUCGGACUCGGACUCGGACUCGGACUUUGACGACGAUGAGGACAUCGAGAUGGCGGACGCCGUUCCCCUCUCGAGGAUACCUUCACACACUAUGCUGCCACACAAGGCGGCCUACCCACCGAGCGUCGCGGAGGAGGAGGAUGAGGACGAUGGCAUGGACGAGGACGAAGAGGAGGACUUGGCCGAGCUCGCCCUGCGGCGGACCCCAUCAAAUUCCGCGUCGUCAUCCUCACCUCCUGAACUCGAGGACGACUCGGACGACUCAAUAGAAGACGAGUCGAUGCCACCAUCACCACCUACACCUCUCAUCCCUACAUUCGAGGGGUCGCAGAAGGAGAGCACAGACACACCAACGACAAUAGACCAAGGAGACAAGGCCGCCUUCUACGAGGAGGGCUACUACCUGCCGCCACGUAACCAGGCGAGGCUCAUCUCGGCGAUAUCAGUCUACUGAGUCGUCCUUUCUUUUUUUUUCAUGGUUCUGUCUGUUUCUUCCUUCUGCAUGGGUCGGCGUUCGAAUGAUACCAGAUACCGGAAGCGAAAAAAGCAAAGCUCUUUUUCUUUGGAAUGUUGGGUUGGGUUAUUAGAUUAUCGGGUUUCAUUGCAUCUCUUACACACCACUCAAUACCUAACAUAAUGGUGUUGAAAAAUGAGGAGGAUCUUCGUGGGCCUGUACACACGGCUUUCUUUUCACCCUUCGGCUGGUCGAUGGAGUCACACACACACAUACACCACAUUUUCUUACGAGCUAAGAGCUCCCCGCUCCCAGCUACGCAAAGCGUGGGCCGAGGUCGAGUGGGAAGCGCAGAGCUUCAGCUUAGGCUAGACCGCCGACAACGGCGCUGCCUCUAGGAUAGCAACAGAGAUGAAGAUGCAAAUGAAAUCAUGAUCCAG